AUGUUUAGCCAGCGAAAUUCUGUUUACACUCCCUGGCCAAAGUCUGAAGAAUUUUCGAAAUGUUCUCAUUGUUUAAACACUUAUUUCACAAUGUCUUCUUCUCGGCAUAUUUACUAUGUCGCUCGUGAAAUGUUUCCCGCCUGUCUUUUGGCAGGUGUUGGAAUGGUAGUUGCGGGAUGUUAUAUUGAUAUGCUGAAGUCCUCCGGCACUUUAACUUCGAAAGAGGAAAGUAUUUUUGAGAUCAUUCCACCAAUUCUUGGACUGAAAGGAAAUUUAGAAGUUGCUCUUUCCUCUCGAUUAGCUACUGUGGUUCAUUUCCGAAGAAAGCUUAACGAACUAUCUUUCUGGUUGUUCACAACUACUCUGGCUUUUAUACUUGUUCUUGCUGUGUUUGCAAGCACAAUUAUACCUUUAGUGGUAAUAACGUUACAUAAAUCAUCGGGUACAUCUCAUUUCCCUGUUGAUCUUGUUCAUCUUAUCUGCAUUUCAUCAAUGACUUGCAUUUGUGCCACGUGUUUUAUAGGCGUUGUUGUUUACGCAAUAGUAUGUGCUUGCGUCUUUUGCGGAGCGAAUCCUGAUAAUGUUGCUCCACCCGCAGCCGCCGCUUUGGGUGAUCUUGUGACUGUUUUGAUUAUUUCACAUGUGAACUAUUACUUUAUCGUGCAUCCAACUUUGACUGUCACCGUUGCCGUGUGCAUGAUUUCUGUGGUUCUUAUUUUGAGUAUAUCUUAUUUAUUAUAUUAUUCAAAUGUCAACGUAUCUGGUGAUCUUCUCAGUCUUAUUAUUACACCUAAUACUUUUAAAGAAACUAUCAUUCCUUUAACUCUUGCAAUUAUCAUGAGUAGCAUUUGUGGGAAUAUAUCCGCCCGAUUUCUGAUAGAUUGGCCCAUUAUUGCGCGCCUUCAAGUCCCAAUAAAUGGUGUGGGGGGGAUUUUUGGUUCAAUGUUAAUUAGCAGAAUGACAACACGCCUGCAUUCAAUAACUUGUUCAAAAAAGCCUCCUCUGAAGGAGUCGUUCAUUGUUUCUCCAACAUCUGGUCUAGUCACGGUUGAAAAAGUCAACACUGUGAACUCUGAUAGAAAAUCUAUAACUCAUAAUUCACAUUUCUACACAUCAUCUCAGUCAUUCGGAACAUUGGGAUCCUGUAGAAAAGUACUUGAAAUUCAUACUGAUGUUUCACGGGUAUCUAAACUUAUCAGAUUCCUGUGUGUCCCGUUACAUUUUACCUUAACUUUAGUCAGUUUAACUGUCAGUUAUUAUUUAAAACAGGAUAAUUCUCCAAAGAUCACAUCACCUCUGCAGUUUGACAUUUUAUUUCCUUACCUCAUCGCUGGAUUCAUACAGAUAUGCAUACUUCUCGAGUUUGCGAAAUGGAUUGUUUUCAAACUUUGGAAAUAUUUACAUUCUACAAAACAUUUAAACUCUCAUGAUAAUGUUAUAUCCUUAGCAUCAAUUGAUUUCUCCGCUAUAGCUGUCACUACCGGUGCAGGUGAUCUGAUUGGAACAAGUUUAUUCAUUCUAUUUCUAUCUAUUAGUAAAUGGAUUAUAAGCGGUUGAUUUUCUUUUCGUUUUUUUUGUGUGAUCAUUCUGUACAAUUAGUUCUUUGAUGCUUAUAUUUCGUUGUUUGUUGUAUAUAUGAAAAUAUUAUUCUCCUUCUUUCAUAUUAACAUGAUUGAUAUAACAGUUGUUUGGACGAAUUAAAUCUUCUAUACUUAUGUAAUAUCUUAUAAAGUUUUUUACAUCAUGUCAGUAUAAUUUUCAGUAAUUUUUUCUACAUGUUUAUCUUAAUGUCGA